AAUACAUGGAAGUUGUACACUCGUUCAUCAUUUUAUUAGAUACCGUUUCAGUGUUGUCCUUUUCGACGGUUGAUGUGUGUGACGACGAUAACGUUCGAUGUAAAUAUCCACCAAUGUCGGAACCCGGAGAAAUAAUUUAUGGACGGUGCCACAGGGAUGUUACACUUCGACGUUUACAAAGAGCAAGUUUUCUCACUUGCCUCAAAGAAUGUAUGAGAACAGCAAACUGUACUAACAUUGGAUACAGACGUAACUGGAAAUUGUGUGAUAUCAAUGGUGAUCCAAAAGCAAAUGAGAAUCUUAUCCAGGAAGAUGGAUGUCUGUUUUCAAACAUUUCCACCUGGUCAAAAAAAUUAGCCGGGAAAUGUGCUGCACAUAAAUGUGAAUAUGGAUACAAAUGUGUUCCAAACCUAACUUCAGUUUCAUGUGAGCUAGUAUAUUGUUCUGGAAAUCCUGAUGUUUCGAAUGCAACAUCAAAGGAACCAUUUGGAAUAUCUAGAGACCUUGGAUACGGAAUGAUGUACCGGUGUGAUGAAGGGCGUAACAUUCAUGGUAGACCGUUCGCUGUCUGUUUGAGAACAGGGACAUGGAAAAUCUUGUUUAUCUGUGGUGAAGGGAUUAUAUUAUCACAUCGUAAGACAACUGGACAAAGUUCCUCAUAUCAAUGUAGUUCUGAUUACUACUGUAACUCUGAUGCUGGUGUUGAUGGAAUCAUAAGUGAAAAUAACAUGUUUCACACACUGUCUGAACACAGGCCUAGGUGGUGGGUAGAUCUUGGGAGAGUCCAUAACAUUCAUAAAGUAGUACUCACUAAUACAAUGUUCUGGCUUGCGUAUCGACUAAAAAAACUGGAAGUGCAUGUCGAAAAGAGUACAGGUCAAAUAGAACUUUGUGGUGCGUAUGCGUUCGUAGCUCCCGCCAAAGCAGGAGAAGUGGUGGAAGUUAAAUGUCCGACAUUACUUGAAGGACAAAAGGUUGUUGUAACAAUGGUCAAUGAAUGGAGGGAUUAUUUUCAUCUUGCUGAGGUUGAAGUUUAUGGUGGCUGAUAAUCAACAUCAUUUCAUUCAAUUCAAUAAAUAAAAUGAACGCAAAACACUAGUAAAUUUAGAUUCAAAAGUAGAAGAACAAAGCUUGGAAAAUAACUGACAAAGUUAUAUCUAUAUUAUUCUAUUUCUUAUGUUUUGUUUUUAGAAACGGAUUAGAAAUGUAACAACUUUUACUUUUUUGGUGUGGCGAUAGUAGCCUUCAUAUUUCAACAUGUUGAGGGUAGCAGAAAGCUCUUUAAUCCCGGACAAGAUGCGUUAAAUCACAAUGUUAAAAGCCCAAUUAAUUCAAUUUUGUUUUAAUUUUUAGCCAGUCAUUAAAACAGGUUUUAUUUAAUCUACAAAAGGCCUACUUCAGUGACAUGGAAUGAUUGUUUACUAUACAAAGUCGUUAUCAUUGAUAUGUUCAUACUAUCAUUUUAAAACUUUGAAUUUUUUGAACAAAUAAGGCUUUUCUACCUUAGGAAUAGAUUACCUUAGAUGUAUUUGGCAAUACAUUUGGGAAUUUUUGGUCUUCGAUGCUCUUUAACUUCGUACUUUAUUUAGCCUUUUAAACAUUUUUUUUAUUCGAGCGUCACUGAUGAGUCCUAUGUAGACGAAACACGCGUCUUGCGUAAAUAUUUCUUUUAAUCCUGGUAUUUUUUAUGAGUUUAUUCGGAUUAACCAAAAUGUAGAUAACAUAAAGAAAGACUACAAAAGACACUUAGUUGAUUCAAUUCAAGU